AUGGCAAUCUGUGCUCAAAUCGCGACUUUUUACAUCUUGCUCAAGAUGAUUCUUCAUUUCACGAACCACGGCUUCAAACACGCCUUCUUCCGACUUUAUAUUUGGCGCUCGAUCAAUGACUUGCUCGGCUCCGUCUUUUAUCUGCUCACCCUCCGUCUGCCGGGUUGGGGCAUUUGUACUUUCUAUUCCCACAUCUCAACGGGUCUCAUCCCAACUCUUCUCUAUUAUUUCACCGCCUAUUUCCAAGCGGCACACUAUUUGGGCACAAUGCUGAUUGCGCUGAAUCGAGCGAGUGCCGCCAUUUCACCGAGUGCCUUUGAGAAAAUCUGGUCCGGUCGCCAGACGCCUCUCGUGCUCACCCUCAUUUUCCUUGUCAUUCCCCAAAUCUAUAUUUCUUUCAAAUUGGCCUUCAAUGGGGCUCAAUUCAUUAAUGAUCACUCAUUUUUCUAUAUUGCCACUGAUUUGUCAAACAGCGACAAAAUGCUCAUGUUAUUUUAUAUGGGAUUUUGUGCUCUUAUUGCUUUCGUUGCAAAUGUUUACACAUCGUGGCGCCUUUUUCUCCAUUAUCGACGGGAGCCGAAAACGAAUCGUCUCGAUCUUCACUUUCAAUGCUUUUCCCUGAUCACUUUCUGCUUUGAAAUUGCUCAAAUUAUUGCUCAGCUAUUCGUUCAAAACAUCAUCGCCAUCCCUUUCGAAAUCGUCUUUUACAUUAUGGAAGCGAUGCCGAUUCUCUCAGAUUUGUCACUGUUAGCGCCAAUCUGGUUCAUGCUAUUGGUGUCAAACGAGGCAAGGAAAGCACUCACUUGGCCACACGUCAAACCGCAAAUCUCACAAUGGCCU